CCCAGGACCGGGAGCGCGCCCCGCGUAGGACAACAAAUUCGUCGCGCGGCGGCGGUGGAGGAGUCCGCCUCAGUACCUGCCUCAGGCUCUGCCGCCUCCCCGCGUGUUCUCUUGAGUCCUCUCUCGGUGACUACUACUAGGGUCCUCGCGGAGGCCCCGCACUCCCUCCCCGGGCCUGGGGCGACGGGGACUGCUCUGUGCCUGGUCCCUGCCAGGCCUAGCGCGAGGCGCGCGGCGCGGACGAUGGGGUCGCCCUGAGGGACGCCCGGCGCCGAGCGGGCAUGGAGGGGCUGUCCCGGGCAUAGGCCCCGCCGCGGACUGGGCACGCGGGCCGGGACCCGAGGCGCCGCCGCCGCGGCCUGGAGCCGGAACCUGGGCCCCAGGGCCGGAGUCGCCGCCUGCAGCCCCCGCGGGCCCCGUUGCCAGCCCUCAUCAUGCCUUGGCCGUUUUCGGAGUCCAUCAAGAAGAGGGCCUGUCGGUACCUCCUGCAGAGGUACCUGGGCCACUUCCUGCAGGAGAAGCUGAGCCUGGAGCAGCUCAGCCUGGACCUGUACCAGGGCACCGGGUCCCUCGCCCAAGUCCCCUUGGAUAAAUGGUGUCUCAAUGAGAUCCUGGAGUCGGCAGAUGCGCCUUUAGAAGUCACUGAAGGAUUCAUACAGUCAAUUUCUCUGUCAGUUCCAUGGGGCUCCUUGCUACAGGAGAAUUGUGCACUGGAAGUGAAAGGGCUAGAAAUGGUCUUCCGGCCUAGACCCCGCCUAGCAACUGGUUCUGAACCUAUGUAUUGGUCAAGUUUCAUGACCAGCAGUAUGCAAUUGGCAAAAGAAUGUCUUAGCCAGAAAUUAACAGAUGAACAAGGAGAAGCAUCGCAGCCUUUUGAAGGACUUGAAAAGUUUGCUGAAACCAUUGAAACAGUACUAAGAAGAGUAAAAGUCACUUUUAUAGACACUGUCUUGAGAAUUGAACACGUGCCAGAAAAUUCCAAAACUGGAACUGCACUUGAAAUUCGAAUAGAAAGAACUGUCUACUGUGAUGAAGCUGCUGAUGAGGCCUCAGGAAUUAACGUGCAUCAGCCCACAGCCUUUGCUCACAAGUUACUCCAGCUCUCCGGAGUAUCUCUCUUCUGGGAGGAGUUUUCUGCGUCAGCAAAAUCUUCCCCAGUGUGUUCAACUGCACCAGCGGAAACUGAGCCAAAGCUGUCACCUAGCUGGAAUCCCAAAAUUGUAUAUGAGCCACACCCACAACUAACUAGAAAUUUACCAGAGGUAGCGCCCUCUGACCCAGUGCAGAUUGGAGGGCUAAUUGGUAGGCUGGAGUUGAGUCUCACGUUGAAACAGAAUGAAGUACUUCCUGGAGCUAAGUUGGAUAUUGAUGGACAGAUAGACUCUAUUCAUCUAUUCCUGUCACCAAGGCAGGUGCACUUGCUUUUGGAUAUGUUAGCAGCUGUUGCUGGACCAGAAAAUUCUAGCAAAAUAGGGUUAGCUAAUAAAGAUAGAAAAAGCCGACCCAUGCAGCAAGAAGAGGAAUAUCGAAUUCAGAUGGAAUUAAACCGGUAUUAUUUGAGAAAAGAUUCCCUCUCAGCAGGUGUAUCUUCAGAGCAAAGCUUUUAUGAGACAGAAUCCGCUCGUACACCUUCUAGCCGUGAAGAAGAAGUUUUCUUCUCCAUGGCUGAUAUGGACAUGUCCCAUAGUCUCUCUUCUCUUCCACCUCUGGGAGACCCUCCAAAUAUGGACCUUGAGUUGUCAUUAACUAGUACAUAUACAAAUACUCCAGCAGGAUCUCCAUUAAGUGCUACUGUGCUUCAGCCAACAUGGGGAGAUUUCCUUGAACAUCAUAAAGAACAACCAGUAAGAGGGUCCACAUUGCCAUCCAACCUAGUUCACCCACCAAAUUUACAGAAGACUUCUCUCCCAUCUAGAUCUGUUUCAGUGGAUGAAUCCAGGCCUGAACUUAUUUUUAGACUAGCUGUGGGAACCUUUUCCAUCUCUGUGCUUCACAUCGAUCCUUUAUCUCCACCUGAAACAUCACUAAACCUUAAUCCAUUGACGCCUUUGGCGAUAGCAUUCUUUACCUGUAUAGAAAAGAUUGACCCAGCAAGAUUUUCAACAGAUGAUUUUAAGUCUUUCCGAGCAGUAUUUGCGGAAGCUUGCAAACAUGAUCACCUUAGAUUUAUAGGUACUGGCAUCAAAGUGUCCUAUGAACAAAGACAAAGAUCAGCUUCCCGAUAUUUUAGUACUGAUAUGUCCAUUGGGCAAAUGGAACUUUUGGAAUGCCUGUUUCCAACUGAUUCUCAUUCUGUUCCUCCUCACUACACAGAGCUUUUAAUGUUCCAUCCCAAAGAACGAACUGAUUCCCAUCUCCCUGUGUGUCUUCAGCUUCAUUAUAAGCAUUCUGAGAAUAAAGGACCCCAGGGUAAUCAAGCAAGGCUUAGUUCUGUUCCUCAGAAGGCAGAAUUACAAAUUAAGUUAAAUCCUGUGUUUUGUGAGCUGGAUAUCAGUAUUGUGGACAGGUUAAAUUCUUUGCUUCAACCACAAAAGCUUACUACGGUAGAAAUGAUGGCAUCGCACAUGUAUACUUCAUACAAUAAACAUACUAGUCUGCACAAAGCUUUCACUGAAGUAUUUCUGGAUGAUUCACAUAAUCCUGCAAAUUGUCGGGUGUCAGUACAAGUGGCCACACCAGCGUUAAACCUUUCUGUUCGCUUCCCAAUACCUGAUCUUCGAUCAGAUCAAGAAAGAGGACCAUGGUUUAAGAAGUCACUUCAAAAGGAGAUCCUUCAUUUAGCAUUCACAGACCUAGAAUUUAAGACUGAAUUUAUAGGAGGAUCAACCCCAGAACAAAUGAAAUUGGAACUUACGUUUAGAGAAUUAGUUGGGUCAUUCCAGGAAGAUAAAGGAGAACCAUCUAUUAAGUUUUUCCAUGUGUCUAGCGGAGUAGAUGGAGAUACAGCGUCAUCAGAUGACUUUGACUGGCCACGAAUUGUGCUGAAAUUAAAUCCACCAGCUGUGCAUUCCAUUUUGGAGCGAAUAGCAGCUGAGGAAGAAGAGAGUGAUGGCCGCUAUCAGGAAGAGGAGGAAGGGGGUGCUCAUUCCCUGAAGGAUGUUUGUGAUCUGCGAAGACCAGCCCCUUCUCCCUUCUCUUCUCGUAGAGUCAUGUUUGAAAAUGAGCAGAUGGUGAUGCCAGGAGACCCUGUGGAAAUGACAGAAUUUCAGGAUAAAGCAAUCAGCAAUUCUCACUAUGUGCUGGAACUUACGUUACCCAACAUUCAUAUAACACUACCUAAUAAAAGCUUUUAUGAGAAGCUUUAUAAUAGGAUCUUUAAUGACUUGCUGCUGUGGGAACCAACAGCUCCUUCACCAGUGGAGACAUUUGAAAAUAUUUCCUAUGGUAUUGGUCUUUCUGUAGCCAGUCAGCUGAUUAAUACCUUCAACAAAGAUAGUUUUAGUCCAUUUAAAUCCACAGCUCACUACGAUGAGGAGAGUGGAUCUGAGGAGGAGACAUUGCAGUAUUUUUCUACUGUUGAUCCCAACUAUCGUUCCCGUAGGAAAAAAAAACUAGACUCUCAGAACAAGAACUCGCAGAGUUUUCUCUCAGUUCUUCUGAGUAUUAACCAUGGACUAAUGGCAGUGUUUACAGAUGUCAGGCAAGAUAAUGGAGAGCUGUUGGAAAAUAAACAUGGCGAAUUCUGGUUAGAGUUCAGCAGUGGUUCGUUGUUUUGUGUGACCAAGUAUGAAGGCUGUGAUGACAAGCACUACAUCUGCCUUCAUUCCAGUAGUCUGAGUCUGUACCACAAAGGCGUAGUAGAUGGAGUGAUUCUUCCUACGGAAACACGACUGCCCAGUUCAACCCGCCCACACUGGUUGGAACCUACUAUUUAUUCCUCUGAAGAAGAUGGCCUCAGUAGAGCUUCUUCAGAUGGUGUUGCAGGAGACACUUUGAAUAUGCUCUCUGUUGCAGUUAAAAUACUAUCUGAUAAAUCAGAGUCCAAUACAAAGGAAUUUCUCAUUGCUGUGGGGUUGAAAGGAGCCACACUCCAGCACAGAAUGCUUCCUUCUGGGCUUAGCUGGCACGAGCAGAUUUUAUACUUCUUGAAUAUUGCUGAUGAACCUGUUCUGGGAUAUAAUCCUCCAACUUCAUUUACAACUUUUCACGUUCACCUCUGGAGCUGUGCACUUGAUUAUAGGCCUCUUUAUUUGCCGAUCCGAUCUCUUCUCACUGUGGAAACCUUCAGCAUUUCGAGUAGUGUGGCCUUGGACAAAUCCUCAUCUACUCUCAGAAUAAUCUUGGAUGAAGCUGCUUUGCAUUUGUCUGACAAGUGUAAUACUGUUACUAUAAAUUUGAGUAGAGAUUAUGUUCGUGUGAUGGAUAUGGGGCUUUUGGAAUUAACCAUAACUGCAGUGAAAUCUGAUUCUGAUGGAGAGCAAACUGAGCCGCGCUUCGAGCUACACUGUUCCAGUGACAUUGUCCAUAUCAGAACGUGCUCGGACUCUUGUGCUGCUUUAAUGAAUCUCAUUCAGUACAUUGCAAGCUACGGGGACUUACAUGCAGCAAACAAGGUGGAGAUGAAGCCUGGAGCCCCUCACAGAAAGAUGAAGGUAGAUUCCAGCGGUCGCUCAUCCUCACAAGGUCCAGUACUUCCUGAAGCAGACCAGCAGAUGUUACGCGAUCUGAUGAGUGACGCUAUGGAGGAGGUUGACCUGCAGCAGGCUGCCGCGUCCGCACAGGCCCAGGCCAACGGUGUUUUGGAUGAAAAAUCUCAAACUCAGGAGCCCUGUUGUUCAGACCUCUUCCUGUUUCCAGAUGAGAGUGGGAACACGUCCCAGGAGCCUGGCCCUCCUUGCACCUCAUUCACACACCACUUGAUUAGUGAUGCAAUGGCAGGUGCGCCCACUGAGAAUGACGACUUUUGCAUUCUUUUUGCACCAAGAGCAAACAUUCAGGAGAAGGAGGAAGAGCCAGUUGUAAAAGUGAUGGUCGAUGAUGCAAUCGUAAUAAGGGAGAAUUACUUUAGUCAACCCGCUAAGAAGACGGACACGGGCAAAGCUCCAUUGCACUUUCCCAUCCCUGUCGUUCGCUAUGUCGUUAAAGAAGUCUCUCUUGUUUGGCAUCUUUAUGGAGGAAAGGAUUUUGGAACAGUUCCUCCUACUUCUCCAGCUAAAAGUUACAUUCCCCACAGUUCACCUUCUCACACUCCCACAAGGCAUGGACGUAACAUGGCAUGUGGGGGAAAAGGAAGAAACCAUGACUUUUUAAUGGAAAUACAGUUAAGCAAGGUGAGGUUUCAGCACGAGGUCUACCCGCCUUGCAAGCCUGAGUCUGACUCUGGCCUCUUAGAGCACCCAGUCUCCCGGCAGGUGUUUGUCGUGCAGGAUCUUGAAAUUCGAGAUCGUCUGGCAACAUCACAGAUGAAUAAGUUUUUGUACCUGUAUUGCAGUAAAGAAAUGCCUCGAAAAGCUCAUUCCAACAUGUUGACAGUGAAAGUAUUACACGUGCGCCCUGAGUCCGGCAGGUCACCGCAGGAAUGCUGCUUGCGAGUGUCCCUAAUGCCACUUCGCCUCAAUAUUGACCAGGAUGCCUUGUUCUUCCUGAAGGAUUUCUUCACAAGUCUUUCCACAGAAGUAGAGCUUCUAAUGACUCCAGAUCCAGAAGUUAAAAAAUCUCCUGGAGCUGAUGUCACCUGCAGUUUGCCAAGGCAUUUAAGCACCUCCAAGGAGCCAAAUCUAGUUCUUUCUUUUCCUGGGCCAAAGCAGCCUUCCCAAGAUGGUGGUGCCAGUUCGGUGGAAAUGGUUAAUGGGGAGGAAGAGAAGGACUUCUCAGCUGGAGAAGCAUCAUUUAGUGAUCAGCCCGUGUUUUUUAGAGAAUUUAGAUUCACAUCAGAAGUUCCUAUUCGACUUGAUUAUCAUGGCAAACACGUAUCAAUGGAUCAGGGUACGCUGGCUGGGAUUCUGAUUGGUCUGGCCCAGUUAAACUGCUCAGAACUGAAGCUGAAGCGGCUUUUCUACCGGCAUGGCUUGCUAGGUGUUGACAAAUUGUUUUCGUAUGCAAUCACGGAAUGGCUUACUGACAUUAAGAAAAACCAGCUACCAGGAAUCCUGGGAGGUGUUGGGCCUAUGCAUUCACUAGUACAAUUAGUGCAAGGCCUAAAGGACUUGGUCUGGUUACCGAUAGAGCAGUACCGGAAGGACGGCCGCAUCGUCAGAGGGUUCCAGAGAGGUGCUGCCUCCUUUGGCACCUCAACAGCCAUGGCCGCCCUGGAGCUCACCAACAGGACGGUUCAGACCAUACAGGCGGCAGCAGAGACUGCUUAUGACAUGGUGUCUCCUGGGACCCUUUCUAGUGAGACCAAGAAGAUCAAAAGGUUUCCUCAUCACCGCUUAGCCCACCAGCCAGUGGACCUGCGGGAAGGUGUGGCCAAGGCCUACAGUGUUGUGAAAGAGGGACUUACAGACACGGCUCAGACAAUUUAUGAAACCGCAGCUCGAGAACACGAGAGCAGAGGGGUCACUGGUGCCGUGGGCGAGGUCCUGCGCCAGAUUCCUCCUGCAGUGGUGAAACCUCUGAUUGUUGCCACAGAAGCGACAUCAAAUGUAUUAGGUGGCAUGAGAAACCAAAUUAGACCAGAUGUUCGGCAAGACGAGUCACAGAAAUGGCGCCAUGGGGAAGACUGAUACUUCAGAUGCAAUUCUUUAUGGAGAUAGUGAGGGUGGAAGUAAGGAGCAUAGUGUCCCAUUGGCAGCUUUAGAGGGUACUCAUUUAAUUUUAUUGUGCUCAUCUCAGGAACAAAAGCAUUUCUUAGUUAAAUAAUUUAAUAUCAAAGCAACAUGCAACCAAAAACUUGUGACAUUUUAGGGCUAGUUUGGUACUUGCCUCGAGAAGUGUUUGGUAGUUAGUGUCAAAAGUUCUUAAGCGUUUGCUGCCAAGUGAGUGGAAUGCUUGCUUUUAUUAAAAUGGCUGUAAUUCUCCUUGCUAUGGAUGAGAGAUCAUUGGAAGCCUCCUGUUACAGUACAGUGUGCUCAGAAACUUUGAAAGUGCACUUUGAAAGCACUGUUUAUGUUGCCCUGAGGAGUUGAUUUUUCUCAAGGUCUAAAAAGAAUCACAGCUUCGAAACUUUCAUUGAGAAUGAGAGACAGAAGCUACAGGGAAAGCAAAGCAAAUAGGAUUUUAAUAUAAAUAUCCCUGAGGAAUAAAUAACCUAGUCUGUUGGAUUUAGUGUCCGUGCACUUGAGAACAUUAUUUCCAUUCCCUCAGAAAAUCUUAUCUGUGGGCGUUGAGAACGUGAAUGUCGCAGACAUGUUCUGUUGUGUUGCACUUUAUUGUGUGUGUGUGUGUGUGUGUGUGUGUGUGUGUGUGUGUAGAUUAAUACAAGUCAUGUGAUCUAUUCAUUAUGUAAUUUACAGAUUUUCACAAAAUAUAAAGAGGAGUAAGACUGAAUGUUUUUGGCAAAGGAAGCUAACUCAGAUGUAGUAACUUCCAUUUAUUUUAAGUGUAAAUGAAAAUGUGCAUUCUAUAAUGUACUGGGGCCCAUAUGAUUUAUAUGUUCACUUUUCAGCAGAUAUAGUGCAAGCUUGUUAGGAAUGUGUGGAAAGGGAGAUUGGAAAUGAUUUUUACGUUGCUGAAAUUAACCAAAAAUCCUCCAAAUAUGCCCUAGUAAGCUAUUUCGAAGUACCAUUUUUACUUGGUUAACAGUGUACAUUUUGAUAACCUGUCAGGAAUGAAUAAAAUAUUUUUAUUUAAAGGUAAAA